AUGAGUGCUGAUAGUUUUCACCACCAAGUGGAGAUGGCAUUGAAAAAACAAAAUAAGACCUAUGAUUUCAAUGAUUUUGAAGAUGCUCUUAAGAGUACUAAUAAAGGCAAAUUUGAUGUGAAAGUAAUGGAACAUGACUCAUUCUAUGAUUGGAUAGAUUAUAAAUCUUCUCAAAAACUAAAACAAUGCCGUGUUCUUUUAAAAGAUAUUGUUUGUAUAAAAGCUGAGACAGGAAAGUUUGUUUUGCAAUAUAAAACCAAACUAACUGAAACGGAAUUUAAGGAAUUAAACUGUAUUUGCAAAAAAAUUAUGAAAAAAAAAUGGUAUUUUGAUGGUUUUGCCAAAAGUUAA